UUGAGGUUAGUAUUAAAACGACAUUCGCUAGAAGCGAACGCUACUCCGACAGCGCCGCAGUAUUCAGCAGUUGAUUAAUCACGAGUGCAUCUGAAACAUCGCGAUCGAUAUUCAAUGAAUUUAGUGCAGUGAACAAUGGAUUUGUUUAAAAAUUAUUUAUUAAAAAAAUUAUUAUGUUGCAAAUUUAAAUUUAAUGCCUGAACAUCGCCUUUUGUGUGGAUCAUUUUAAUUUCCUUGUAGAGUAUACAUUACAAUGGGUGCACCAGCAUGGGCCUCACGCGGUGCCAGCGACCGACCGCGACUCUUGCGCAUGACCCCGCUGCGUCACAGCUUCGCAGCGCCUGCAUCGCCGCCAGCGCCUCCACCUCCGCGCACGCACGACUACGCUUCGGACGUAGAUACUAAUAAGAAAGAGGACAGCUGGAACGCCAAUUUGUCACAAAGAUGGCGUAAGUUACGACGCCGAUGUUCCCGACUGCGGCCUGGCUCUGGAAAUCGAGACCCGAGCCCUGUCCGAUGUUCGCCAUCACCUCCCAGACCUCCACCACAUUGUUCCCCUGCGCCCCCAUCAAAGUUAUCGUUCCGACAUCGUGGAAAAGUAUACACAACUGCUUCACUGCGGGUCACUAGCGGAGCACCAGAUUUGUUACGUGCUCUUGGCAAGCUAGGGGGUGGAUUGCGUCGACGAGCUCUAUCCGCUCAUGAUGUUCUAGCACCACCUCAACAACAACCGGCAACUUUUUAUGUUCCUAGUCCUACAGGGACAGUACGACAGCCAUCUUCACCCUCCCCACCGCGACAAAGUGCCACAUUGCGACGAAGGUGCAGCUCUCCAAACGUUUACAGAAACAAAGCAACACCUGCACCACGAGAUUGUACCCCAUUGUUAGAUCAAAAUGAAGAAAAUCGUGACGUAGUCGAUUACAACUAUGGACCAGAAAGACGAAAGAAUAAUUGUGAAGGUAGAAGUCGCCGCCCCUAUAGUGAAAAUGUUGAGUUGGACAUGCCCUCAUAUAGAAAUGGGUAUAAUAGACUUCCUCCAGAUACUCAGAAUUUGUGGGAGGAACCUUACAGGCUGCCUCGUGUUCAAGCUAGACAAGAACCUCUGCAGCAGUUACGUAAUUGUGUCGCUGAAUUACGAGUGAGCGCGACCCCCAGAACGCCCCGACCGCCACCUGUCCCGCCGUCAUCACAACAAACUAAACGACCACCUGCGCCCGAACCAAGAGACGUGCACACAUUUGAGGUGCGCUUCACGAAAUCGGCGGGAGGCAAGGGUCUCGGGUUUAGCAUAGUAGGCGGUCGGGACUCCCCUCGCGGCGAUAUGGGAAUAUUUGUCAAGACCAUAUUUAAUAACGGACAAGCCGCAGAAUCUGGAUUAUUACGAGAAGGUGACGAAAUAGUAUCAGUGAAUGGACGUGGAACAGCAGGACUGACACACGGCGAAGCGAUCAGGCUGUUCAAAGAUGUUCGUGCAGGACCAGUGUUGCUUCGAGUGGCGAGGCGUUCACCAACCCGCUGACUGCCCUGCGCCUGCUGCGGCGACGCUCAGCCGACGCAGGCGCCUACGUACCGCACCCACGAUAUCUACUCUACCAUGUAAUUAACACAUACAUUUUUAAUGGCGAAUAUUUGGUUUUAAUUUACAAAGAAAAUAUAUGUGUACAGCCAAGAAAACAAAAUCAGGAGAAACUAGGAUAGAAAAACAUUUUCCUGCGCUUUAUAAUGUAUGUAUAUAUUUAUACAUCAGCAAAUCAAUUUAAGAAUAUUUUAACAACAUAAAAUUUUUUCACUAAUAUUAUUUAAUAUUCAAAUUUCGUUCAUAAGCGGAAAGGCCAUUAUAUAAAAACAUAUUUAAAUUUCUCAGGAUAUUAUAAAUGAUUCAGUUGAAUUUGCUUUUUCUUAAGGAAUUUUAGACACUUACAAAAUAAUAGUUACAGUGAGAGUCGAAAAGUGUGGGUUAUCUGAAUUUGAACAUACCGUAUUUCGACAAAGUUAUUAGGAUAUUAAAUAGUGUUAUUAAAUGGUAUCAGUGAAUUGACGCAAAACAGUAAAGAUGACAUAACGAAGCGAAUAGGUUGUUAAAAACGAUACUGUGCGAAUGAUGUUUCUCCUAUGUGUUUUAUUAACAUUUAUAAACUAUAAAUAAUGACUAUCAACCAUAGGAUAUCGCCAAAAAUAUAUUCUCGAAAUUAUAGUAAACGACAAAAUAAAUGAGAUGUGGUGGAUUAUUUAAAAUUUGAACAUGUCGUUUUUGUCAUAUGGUAUAUAGAGAUUAGUUUGUCGAGAGCCGUUGACAUUUGCAGAAAACACCAUUUUAUUUGUUUAUGGUCAUUCAAAUGACAAUUUGUAAACAGAUCACGAUUCUUGAAUACUUAGAUACUAAAAAAUUACACUCUCCUGACUCAUAUGGUUGAAAUUUUUAUGUUAAAUUUAUCGUAAUACUUUUUACAAUAAAAAAGCUAUUAAAUUGUUAAAAAAUUUGUAUAGGACUACCUUAAAAAUAGAACAUGUGUUAACCAUAAGCCCAUUGAAGAAUCUGAGACACAUCAACCAAUAUUAUAAUAAUAUUAUAAUAAUACGCAAUAAAAUCCUGUUGCAAAUAAAAAUUGCACCAAAUACAAUAAAUAACUAUCAUAGGCCCUCGAAAUAUUCUCGUAAAUAUACUCACCACUAUAAUAUCUCUAAUUCCAAAUGCUAACAACACCGUUCUUUUAAAAAGAAAUACCAUACCUACAUUGAUAGGUAAUAGUUAGGAUAAUAUUAGUGAAACCGAGAUGAUGCUUAUUUAUGCAGGAUGCAGGAAGAAAAAUAUUCACAAUUUACGAUAUUUGAAAAUCCGAUUAAAUGGCAAUUCUAUAUGUCUUAUGUCGUUACAUUUUUUAUUUUAUAAUACAUCAGCACUUGUACUUUUAAUCUUAAGAGGACAAUAGUCUUGUCCUUGUCUAUAAAAUUGCCAUUAUGUCUCACAUGCUUUAUAUAUGAAUAUACAUACCUUUUUUCGAUUCAAUAAAGACAUUGGCGGUGGCAUUAUCAUUAUUAUGUUUCUUCUAAGUAGUUCACUAUUUUUUUUAUGUUGGUUAUUAUAUAACCGAUUAACUAAUUAUUUAUCGCCCAUUCCUAUUCUUUAGGAAUGGCAACACAAUGGUAUUCCAUAGAAAUCGUUUUGUUUACUUAUUUUGUUCGUUUGCUUAAUUUGGUGUCUGUUUUGCGAAAUACAUUUAAUUAAUAUAAUUAAGUAACAAUUAAUUGUUUUGUACAGUACACUCGGUAUCAUAUUUUUAUUGUAGAUACUCACCGAAAUAAUGACACCUAAUUAGAUAUCCUGUAUUAAAUUGUUUUCUUUUUUAUUUUGACUAGGUAAAACCAAAACAUAUAAAGAGUUUUAAACUUAACAUGUAUAAUCAACAGAUUAUUACUACGUUUAUUAUAUUUUAUUCAUGCCAAUAUUUCGACCUUGUUUCACGACGUUAAUUAUAUCUAGGUAUUCUGUAUAAAGACAAUAGUAAAAAAUCUGAAAAAGAAAAUGCAUUUAAACGUAAUUAAAAAAUAUUUAGGCAUUGCUAUUUUUUAAUACUAUAAUUAUACAAAAAUCGACUAAAAUUUUCGAAAAAAAUAUCUGUGAUAUUGUAAUUCAAAGCUAGAUAUGCAUUAACCUUAUUAUGGUAGGAAACUAAUUUAUUUUUUAUAUAAAUUAGAUUUAUUUCCUGUUAUGUAUAACUCUAUAUUUAUAUUGGUUAGAUAUUAUUAUAAUAACUACGUAUAAUAUAAUAUCCAAGGCUUGCUUAUUUUUGUAGUAUAUUAUGUAUACUUAGAAGCCUUUAGGAGCAUAUAAUAUUUUUGUAAUAAUAAAACAUUGCGAAAUAUUUUGUGUAAAAUUAAUAUACAUUUUCUUUACAAUUAAUAAUAAUGUAAAUAAGAAUAUCUACACUAUUCAUAGUUGUUCGUAAUCUGCUGUAUGGAAACGAGAAGUAGGUAUGUAAGAAAUAGAAAGUAGAUAUAAAUACAGUCAAAGUGGAAAAAGUACUAUUAGUACAGUGAACGUUUCCGCACUAAAACGAGUAUAGCAAUGCGGAAUAAAUUUGAUUCAAAAUAAAGUAAAUAUGCCUAAAGUUGUAAUAGCACACUAUAUUAAUUCAAAUAUGUAACAACAUAUUAGAAAAUGAUAUACUCGUAUUACCUAUUUUCAAUUUCAUAACUAGCCAAACUAGCAUGAUAAGUUUAUUUUUUUUAUUUAAUUUUUCAUGUAGAUACAUGUAUUCAAAUUCAAAAAUAUAUAAUAUAUAUUAUUAAUAGGUUAAAAAAGCAUUUUCCAAAAAAUGUAACUUUGAAAUCCUCUGAAGUCACACUACUAAAAAAAUAUCAAAUACGGGUGUAUAGGCAUGAUCCUUUAAUGAAUCCCAUGGAAUUAUUAAACCAAAAAAUUAUUAUAUUUUGUUAUUAAUUUGUGGUAAACUUUAGAUACAUAUAGACAUUGCAAUAGAAAGGGUGCAAUAAUUCGAAACCAAGCGCUAUUUGCUUUUUCCAGGUAACAUAAAUCGAAAUACUUAAACAAUUUUUAUAAAAGGAUUUUUUUGUGUUCAAGCAAACCUGCGACCUUCGUCAUUAAAAUUUAUUUAGCGCUUAGUUUUAAAAUGUUAAUCCCUUUCAAUGAUCUUUAUACCUUGAAUUUUACCUUCUGAUAUAUCAAUCUGACGAUCAUUGAUAUUUUAAUAUGUCGUCCAAUUUCGAAUCAAAAAUUGGUGAUUUUCAUAUAAAAGUAAUAUAUAUUAUAUAAUCUACAAAUCAAAUACAAUAAUUCAAAUAUUAUGACUGAAAGUUAGAUAUUAAAAUUAUGCAUUAAUAACUUUCAUUUCCUAACUAGAUUUAUAAACUAGAUGUCAGGCAAUUUAUUGUAAGCACUAGGACUAUAAUAUUUUGCAUUUUGUAUAAUGAUCACAAUAUAGUGUAAGUUGUAUAAUAGAAAAUAACAAUAAACUAAUUUUUGUAAAUCUA